AUGGGUUUUUGGAAGAGACUCACGGAGUUUCUCUUCAUUCAUCGGUUCACGGACCAGACCAAAUUCUCUCAUACUUACUCUCCUGUUCAAGAUCUUUCUCUUGUUGAUGCUUUUGAUGCAGAGUCUAUUGAUGGGGCGUGCAACUCGCCUACGAACAGACGAUGCUGGUCUAAUGGCUUUGACAUUCAUACUGAUUAUGAGGAAGUGAUUCCAGAGGGCAAAGUUCGCAAGCCCGGUGAGAACUUCACUUACGUUUGGAGAGCUACACAAUACGGAACAUCGUGGUAUCAUAAUGCCGAUGGACUUGCAGGCGCUCUCAAGAUCAAUGGGCCAACUAGCAUGGACUACGACGUUGAUCUUGGCCCAGUCCUCAUCACUGAUAACUUUCACAAAACCACCUUCUCCCAAGUCCAGCUCGAAUAUUUAGGCCGCCCUCCAGCUCCAGACAGCAUGCUCAUGAACGGCAACGGCAGAUACUACUGCUGUCCCUCUCUCGACAAGAACUGCAAGGGUGACUCCAAACUCACAUCUUUCCACUUCGAACCAAACAAGACUUACAAAAUGAGUCUCGUCAACACCGCUGCUUCAACGCACACAACCUUCUGGAUUGACUACCAUGAUUUCUGGGUCGUGGCCACUGACUUUGUCCCCAUUGUGCCCUACAAGACAGACAUGAUCAACAUCGCCAUUGGUCAGCGCUACGACAUUAUCGUCAAUGCGACAGCUGUCAAGGGGAAGAAUAGCAGAAACGUCAACUUUUGGAUGCACGCUCGCGAUUGUCAGAAUGGCGGUGCGAGGUCCAAUCUUGGCAUCAUUCGGUACGAUGCUAAUUCAAAGUCUAUCCCUUGGACACCUCCCCCCAAAGAAGAUAACAUCUGCUACGGCUGCCAGGAUGAGCCUAGUGAGAAGCUCAAGCCUAUUGUGCAGCGCAACAUUACACAGCAUAACGAUGACUACAUCAAGAACUCGUUCAAGGUGCAUCUCGUCGGAUAUCCCAAUGAAUUCAAGAAAGACUCCAUGAUGCACAAAUGGGUCCUCGCCAACUCAUCUUUCUAUCUUGACUGGGCAGAACCAAGUCUAAGUCUCGUCAAGAUUGCUUCUGAAAAGGGCUGGAAUAAUCCUCAGUUCCCUGUUGGGUAUGAACCUGUGACCCUUGACUAUGCGAAUGGAACGUGGGUUGCAUUUCUCAUCGAGGGUAAAUUCACAGAGUCGAUUCAUAAUUCUACGACAAAGGGACAUCGCAAGGUAUACAAGACGCAAGCACCCGUCGCGCAUCCAAUUCAUGUGCACGGACAUGACUUUGUUCUUCUCGACUCUGGAAACAAAGAGUUUGAUCCAAAGAAUUUUACUCUUCAACUGACCAAUCCUCCUCGUCGGGAUGUUGUACUCUUACCGGUUGAUGGCUACAUUAUCAUCGCCUUCCAAAUCAACAACCCUGGUGUUUGGCUAAUGCACUGUCAUAUCGCCUUCCACGCAUCGGGCGGCCUGGCACUUCAAUUCAUCGAGUCCCCUAGAACCAUUGGACCGAUGUUUAAAAACUCGGGUAUCUUGCCUACAUAUUCCGAGACGUGUGCGAACUGGGCUGCGUACUAUACCAUGUUUAACAAGCACAAUAAUGCGACUCAGGAUGAUUCUGGUAUUUAG